AUGUCGGACUCUGUCGAUCGAGUCUUCGUCCAUGCCCUCAAUACCGUCAAGAAGAUACCGAGGACGGGCACUGCCCGGCCGCCGACGGCGGACAGACUCAGACUAUAUGGAUUAUACAAGCAGAGCAUGGAGGGCGAUGUGGAGGGGAUAAUGGAUCGACCGAUGGGGGAGGCUGCGGAUGUGCAAGCAGAGCGAGAGAAGUGGGACGCAUGGUACUCCCAACGCGGCAUCACGCGCACCGAAGCCAAACGGCGCUACAUCACAACACUCGUCGAUACAAUGCAUCGGUACGCAUCGCAAACGGAAGAAGCGCGCGAGCUGGUAGCAGAAUUGGAAUUCGUCUGGGAUCAGAUCAAAUACAGCACCUCGUCCUCGUCCUCGUCCAGUCCCAUGCAGGCGAUGGGACUGCCCCCGACGGCAGAGGUCUCCUCGGCGCCGCCGCCGCAGCCGAGGCGGUAUGGAAGUAUAGACGGGCGCAUGAGCCGGUCGCCGCCGGUGAUGGCGGAAGAAGACCCGGAUGAGGAUUUGGCAAUAUACAGAAGGAGACUGGGCGAUUCGAGGCUGCGGGUGCUGAGCCCGGUCAGUCAGUCGGAUGUUCAGAAUUCAAAUAUACUUGAGGAGGAGGAUGACGAUGAUGAUGAUGAUGACGAAGAGUUCCAAGAAGCCCGAGACGGGGCUUCAUCAGAGGAAACUACGUCGCAGGAGCGCAACCAACGACCGGCAGCAGCCAAAUCAAGACGAAGACGAGCAUCCACACCCGGCGACAGAGGAGGAGGCGGCGGUUCAGCCCAUAAUGAUUGGAGACGGCGCGUCGAGCAGGCCUUGACGACCAUGACCACAGAGCUCGCGGCUCUGCGUGAGCAAAUCGAGUCGCGGCCAAUCUACAGCCGGCGGAAAUCGAGUCUGUGGUCGUGGCUCAAGUGGCUGUUCUGGAUCGCCACGCGACAACUCCUCUGGGACUGUGUGGUUUUGGGCGCUGUCUUGGUCUGGAUGCGCAUCAAGGGUGACCGCAGGCUCGAGCAGAAAGUGCGAGCAGGUGUGGUGUCUUUGACGAGGCAGUUGAUGAGCCUGAGGCUUCCACGACGGCUGCCCAGUUUAUCUCUGCCAUGA